AUGGAUGAUUUACUUGUUGCUCGAUUGAAGGCCCAGAAUUCCCAGAUCUCCCGUUUUCAUAGCCUCAGCGGCUCUCCGGCGCUGUCUUUAGGAGUGUUCCAUCAGGGCAAAGUUAUUCAUACCGCACAUUUCGGUCGCAAAGAUGUCUCUAAGUCGAGUCCGCCCAACGAUGACUCUGUGUACUACGUAGCAUCAAUGCUUAAAAUACUAACCGUCUCUACGGUUGCAAAACUCGUGCAUGACGGGAUACUUGGCUGGGAUGUACCCGUGCGGGAGUAUCUACCAGGAUUCAAUCGAGAAGAUGACAUCGGACGGCUGACAACGUUGAGAGAUCUGAUUGCAAACCGAACCGGUUUGGCUGUCGCCGCUUUCUUUUGGACUCAACAGAACGGCGAGCUUCUGCUUGGGAAAAACGAAAUGGUGCAUAUGGCGUGCCAUCUUAAAGCAGUUAAACCUUUUCGAGCAUCCUUCCUAUACUCUCAAUGGAACUACAUCUUGGUUCAGAUCAUCAUUGAGACAGUUACCGGGAAACCAUUUGGGACACUCAUCCAGGAAACCAUGAUCACCCCGCUUGGGCUCAAGAAUACCACUUUCAGUAUCCCUCAUGGAGAAAAUGUGGUCGCUCCACAUGCUGUUCGUGACAACGGCACUGCAGCAAAGAUUGAGAUCAAUCCUUGGACGGAUGAAUCCGGUAUCACUGCCGGCGCUGGCGGGAAAGCUUCACUCAAUGACUUGCUCACCAUCUACAUCGAGCUCCUUUCUGCGCACAGUCACCAAAGCUCCCAUAAUGUGAACACCACGCCAGGGUCGCCCUUUACUCAUAUGAGGACAAUCUUCGAACCCCAAAUCAAGGCUCGUAGUUCAGGCGUCGAGGUUUAUCACCACACUAUGAGUAUUCCUGGGUUUCUGGGCUCUAUGUUCCUCGUUCCACGAUCAAACAGCGGCGUCAUUGUUCUCACCAACGCGACGCCCAAACUAGACGCAACCGACCUAUCCGCUCAGUGUCUUCUUGGAGUACUCCUGGGCGAGCCUCGCCCUAAUCUCGUUCGUAUGGCAGAGAUGGGUCAGAAAAUGAGCUUGGCCAUCUACCGGCAGAUCGCAUCCUCUUUAGAGCAAAGCCGGACUUUGAAACCACCUUCUUUACCGCUUCAAAUGUAUGCAGGUGUCUAUACAAACUCGGCGGGAAACUUCUUUCUCAAGGUCGAUACGACACAGAGAGGGCUGCACAUCACAGUCCAGAACAAGGCUCGGGUUGCAUACGACCUUUUCCCGUAUGACGGGAAUGUAUUCUACUGGCCGGUUAGCCGUGAAAGAGAGUUGUGCGAGAAAGCCAUGUGGCCACACCUUCUUCCUGCAUUCCAUAUUAUUACGUUUGGAGUGAAUGAAGGUGGUGUGGAUUGCUUGAGGUGGCACCAUGAUCCCUUGGACGGGCCGGAAGUCUUUGCAAAAGAUACAAGAAGGUCAAGACUGUAGUGAGAAGAUCUACAGAAUUUCCCCCCAGGGUAUAUAACAGGAACCAAUAGGUAUCAACACUGAGGCAAAUCAGUGAAGAAUUUGAAUGCGUGUACCUUCAAGUGGGGUAUGAUCAGUCCUCGCGCCAUUGGAGGGCGUAGAGUGUCUCCUGCCCCAUCAUUGUGCCACAAGCCGGACUUCGACAACUCAAUGGUUUCCGCAUCCGACAUGUAACAGUGCCCAAUUGAGUGCAUUCGCGUGGGCUCAGUCUUGGCUUCUUUAUUUCUCCGUCAAUGGUUGUCACCCUACAGUCUCGCCGCGCUGAGCGACAACCCUCCGUCGAUCACAACUGUGGCCCCGGUCAUGUAGCUUGCCCCAGGACUACAUAUGUGGACUAUUGUAUUAGCAAUCUCAUCUGU